CAAAUAGGAUAUUCCAAAGAAAACCUCGAAAGAAAAAGUGACCACACCACCAGACCCUGGUCACCAUGGCUAUGUUCGACGGCGGCCACGACCAACUCGCCGGCGUGGUGGUGGCCACCUCCCGCCGUCGGAUCCGCCACAAGGCGUACCGAGGUGAGGUCGCGCCGCGCCACCAGGCGGCGUAACGUGACGACCCGAGGGAGGCCGGGUUCAGGGUCGCGCCCACUGUGCUGGCGCGGCGGAGGCGCUGCCACCCCGUCGCCGUCGGCUCCUGCGCCCAGGGCCAUGGGAGCUCGAGUAAGCGCUUGCUCAGUUCCAUUUUCUGCCUGGUGUACAUUUGAUUUCGACGGCGUGCAUCAGCCAUACGGGAAAAAAAUGUACUGCAUCCAUUGAUUAGGUGUGGAUUAGAUAUCCGUAUCCCCGUCGGCUCCUGCGCCUAGGGCUAGGGGAGCGCCCGUAAGCGCCUGUCCAGUUCCAUCUUCUACUUGUUCUAUGCCUGAUUUCGACGAAGUGCAUGAGCCAUGAGUGGAUCAAUCUUGGUCAUCCUGAGUGCUACCGUCUGAACUUCGGUUCUGAAUUCAGCAACCUUUCACCACCAUGUGCGUCCAUGCAUUCUCACUAUUUCUCCGUCUGAGUCGUAUGUAUUUUUCUUUUGCCGAAUCAGACACCCGACCGAGUCGAUGUCUCUAUUUGGCAUGUGCGGAAUUUGCCUAACCGACACCCAAAUCUGCGUCAGAUUCCAACACUAUUCUACAAAUGGCGACUGUACAACACUACAGACGUCCAAUAUACGGACCACAGGUAGACAGGGGGUGAUGCCGCAACUAGAACAGAAAAGGUUCUACAUUAAUCUUACACAUUGUUCCCCAUCGAACAAUGUUUUCUGUCAAGUGCUUAAAGAUCUUUUUAUUCAAGUAUAGGUCUUUACAAAGGACAGAAAGUUUACAACCAUUCAUUACUUGUGGCCGGAAAAUAUCCCCGGCCCGUUGUCUAAUUAAUAGAACAAAUUUGAGAGUAGGACAAAUUCGAGAGUUGCACUGAAAGAAGUGGAGCUACUCAUGAAGAUAUCUUAACAUCUCAACAUCCUUAAACAAUUUAUUACCCAAGGCCUUACCACGUGCCUUAACAGGUAGUAUUUGUGUAUAUAUAGACCAACCAGCAUGCCUCCAAUCCAUUCAUUACCAAAGGAAAAAAAAUGCUCAGCAAAAAUGGCGCCCAUCCAGGAUAAGCAUAGCUCCCAGGAGUUGCUCCAGGCUCAAGUUGAUCUUUGGCACCACGCAUUGGGAUUUGUCAAGUCCAUGGCACUCAAAUGUGCAAUGGAAUUGCAAAUCCCCAACACCAUCCAACACCAUGGUGGGUCUAUGACCCCUUCGGAGUUGGCCAUGAAGAUCGGACUCCAUCCGUCUAAGCUUCCCCGCUUACGACGACUCAUGCGUGUGCUCACCGUAUCAGGCAUCUUUGUUGUCCGUGAACCAGCCUCGCCAGACAAGGAGGUUGUUUACGGGCUUACCCCUACCACACGUCUCCUUGUUAGUGACAAAGCUAACUCAAACUUAUUUCCCAUUCUGUCUUUGAUGCUUGAUUCAACUGUCAUUUCCCCUUUCCUUGGCAUGCACUCAUGGUUUCUAGAUGAGUGCACCACGUCCCUGUUCAAAAAGGCUCAUGGCCUAAAUACUUACAACCAGCUAAUCAACAACGUAAUGGUUUCUGAUAGCAACUUUCUCAUGGACAUCAUCUUGAGGGAGUGUGGUGAUGUAUUUCUUGGCAUAAACUCGCUUAUUGAUGUCGCUGGAGGUCAUGGCGGAGCUGCCAAGGCAAUUACGAAGGCAUUCCCGCAAAUGAAAUGCAGUGUGUUGGAUCUCCCUCAUGUGGUUGCAGAAGCUCCUGCUGAUGACCAUGUGUCGUUUAUUGCUGGCGAUAUGUUUAAGCACAUCCCGCCAGCGAAUGCCCUUUUCCUAAAGUCUGUUUUUCAUGAUUGGGGCGAUGAAGACUGUGUUAAGAUAUUGAAAAAAUGCAAGGAAGCUAUCCCUCCCAGAGAUGCUGGUGGAAAGGUGAUAAUUAUUGAUAUGGUGGUUGGACCUGGGCCAAAUGAGAAUGUAACAAGAGAGACACAGGUUUUGUUUGAUCUCUUUAUCAUGUGUUUUGAAGGGAUCGAGCGAGAGGAAUUCAAGUGGAAAAAUAUAUUCAUGGAAGUUGGGUUCAGCAACUACAAAAUUAUAGCAGUCAUGGGUGUUAGAUCUGUUAUUGAGCUCUACCCUUGAAUACUCUAUGAAAAAACUACCAUCUAUAGCCGGGUGUUUAUUAAUAUUUUGCUCAUGAGACAACGGUUAAUAUUAAGAUGAUGUGCCUAUGUUUCA